GAUGUUUUUGUUGCCAUGGUAAAAAGUGGAUUAAUCGUGAUGUACGGAACAACAUGUUAGGUCUUUGCAGAACGAGUUUGAUUCACACGUAGGCUACAUUUGGAUUCAUCUGAAAGCACCUAAAAUUGUUAAGUUACCCGGAGCAAUAAACGAGUUGCUAAGCAAUCUCUCGUUUUGGGCAAACUACGACUGGAGGCUUGUGUUACCUUGAUAAGGGAUUGCAGAAUCCCUUCCGACGAGACACUGCCUCCGGGGAAGCGUAUUCUCACCGGGCUCCAUGUGGAAAUGCAAGACAAAUGAUAGCGUUACAGCACCCUGUGUGGAGUAGCCCGAGAUAUUUCCCCGGAUACCAUGUCCCCGAGACUAUCCCUGCAGUGAUGGCGUGUUUCUGAAUGGAACAGAGCGCUGGUGGCACUUUGUGGUUCGCCGAAUAAAAAAAUGAGCCUCUUGCUGUUGGCCCUCAUUUUGCUGGACGCCAGGAUGGCAAACUUCAGCCCGCUGGUGGCGGGCGCCCAGUCCAACGAGAGGCGGGUGCUGGCCCACGUCCCCGGGGACAUCAUCAUCGGGGCCCUGUUCUCGGUGCACCACCAGCCCCCGGCCGACAAGGUGCACGAGCGGAAGUGCGGGGCGGUGCGGGAGCAGUACGGCAUCCAGCGCGUGGAGGCCAUGCUGCACACGCUGGACCGCAUCAACGCCGACCCCGACAUCCUGCCCAACAUCACGCUGGGCUGCGAGAUCCGCGACUCCUGCUGGCACUCCGCCGUGGCCCUGGAGCAGAGCAUCGAGUUCAUCCGCGACUCGCUGAUCCCCUCCGACGAGGCGGAGGGCCCGGCGCGCUGCUCCGCCGACGGGCCCGUGAGGGGCAAGAAGCCCAUCGUGGGCCUGAUCGGGCCCGGCUCCAGCUCCGUGGCCAUCCAGGUGCAGAACCUGCUGCAGCUCUUCAACAUCCCCCAGAUCGCCUACUCCGCCACCAGCAUGGACCUCAGCGACAAGUCGCUGUUCAAGUACUUCAUGAGGGUGGUGCCCUCCGACGCCCAGCAGGCCCGGGCCAUGGUGGACAUCGUCAAGCGGUACAACUGGACCUACGUGUCAGCCAUUCACACUGAGGGAAACUACGGCGAGAGUGGCAUGGAGGCAUUCAAGGACAUGGCGGGCAAAGAGGGGAUCUGCAUCGCGCACUCGGACAAGAUCUACAGCAACGCCGGGGAGCAGAGCUUCGACCGGCUCCUGGGGAAACUGAGGAGCCACCUGCCCAAGGCGCGCGUGGUGGCCUGCUUCUGCGAGGGCAUGACCGUGCGCGGGAUCCUCAUGGCCAUGCGCCGCCAGAACCUGGUGGGGGAGUUCCUGCUGGUCGGCAGCGACGGCUGGGCUGACCGCUACGAUGUGACGGACGGGUAUCAGAGGGAGGCGGCGGGCGGCAUCACCAUCAAGCUGCAGUCGGCCUACGUCCGGUGGUUUGACGACUACUACCUGAAGCUGCAGCCGAACAGCAACCCGCGCAACCCCUGGUUCCCCGAGUUCUGGCAGCACCGCUUCCAGUGCCGCCUGAGGAGCCAUCCGCAGGAGAACACCAAGUACACGCGCCUCUGCAACGAGAAAGAGUCUUUGCGGCAGCAGUACGCCCAGGAUACCAAGAUGGGCUUCGUCAUCAACGCCAUAUACUCCAUGGCGCACGGCCUCCACAACAUGCAGCGGUCCCUGUGCCCCGGGCACCUCGGCCUCUGCACCGCCAUGCGGCCCGUCGACGGCAGCAAGCUGCUGGAGUUCCUCAUGAAGACCAACUUCCUGGGCGUGUCCGGAGAGGUCAUUCGCUUCGACGAGAACGGAGACUCCCCAGGGAGGUAUGAGAUCAUGAAUUUUAAGAAGCUGGGCCGUGAUGACUUCAGCUACAUUAAUGUGGGAAGCUGGGACAACACUGGUCUGAAGAUGGAUGAUGAUGAGAUUUGGGCUAAUGCGAGUGGCAUUAUCAGAUCAGUGUGCAGUGACCCAUGUGACAAGGGACAGAUCAAGGUCAUCCGCAAGGGGGAGGUCAGUUGCUGCUGGACCUGUACGCCGUGCAAGGAGAACGAGUACGUCUUCGACGAGUACACCUGCCGGGCCUGCGAGCUCGGGUCCUGGCCCACGUUCGACCUCACAGGGUGUGACCCCAUUCCUGUGGAGUACCUCCGCUGGGGGGACCCCGAGCCCAUCGCCGCCAUGGUCUUCGCCUGCCUCGGCCUCCUGGCCACCUCCUUCGUCACCUGCAUCUUCAUCAAAUUCCGGGACACGCCGGUGGUGAAGUCGUCCAGCCGCGAGCUCUGCUACAUCAUCCUGGCGGGCAUCUGCCUGGGCUACCUCUGCACCUUCUGCCUCAUCGCCAAGCCUCACGUCGUCUACUGCUACCUGCAGCGGGUGGGCAUCGGCCUGUCGCCCGCCAUGAGCUACUCCGCCCUGGUCACCAAGACCAACCGCAUCGCCCGCAUCCUGGCGGGCAGCAAGAAGAAGAUCUGCACCAAGAAGCCGCGCUUCAUGAGCGCCUGCGCCCAGCUGGUCAUCGCUUUCCUCCUCAUCCUCCUGCAGCUCAGCAUCAUCGUGGCCCUCUUCAUCGUGGAGCCGCCCGAGGUCAUCCACGACCACCCCAGCAUCCAGGAGGUCAACCUCAUCUGCAACACCACCACCCUGGGCGUGGUGGCGCCGCUGGGCUACAACAGCCUGCUCAUCCUCAGCUGCACCUUCUACGCCUUCAAGACGCGCAACGUGCCGGCCAACUUCAACGAGGCCAAGUACAUCGCCUUCACCAUGUACACCACCUGCAUCAUCUGGCUGGCCUUCGUGCCCAUCUACUUCGGCAGCAACUACAAGAUCGUCACCAUGUGCUUCUCCGUCAGCCUGAGCGCCACGGUGGCGCUGUGCUGCAUGUUCGUGCCCAAGGUGUACAUCAUCCUGGCCAAGCCCGAGAGGAACGUGCGCAGCGCCUUCACCACCUCCACCGUGGUGCGCAUGCACGUGGGCGACGGCAAGGCCUCCUCCGCCGCCAGCCGCUCCAGCAGCAUGGCCAACCUGUGGAGGCGCCGCGGCUCCGGCGGGGAGACGCUCAGCUCCAACGGGAAGACGGUGACGUGGGCUCAGAACGAGAGAGUCGGGAGCUACAACCUGUGGAAGCGAAUCUCCGUCCACAUCAAGAAGAGGGAGACCAACCAGACGGCCGUGAUCAAGCCCUUCUCCAAGGACGAGAGCGGCGCCAAGUCCAUGUACGAAGUGUCGGAGGGGAGCCAGCGCUACCCCGUCACGUACCGCCCGCGCACGCCCUCGCACAUCGCCACGGUGAGCCAGCGGUCGACGCCGCGGGGGCGCCUGGAGGAGGAGGAGGAGGAGGAGGAGGAGGUGCCGGCGCUGCCGUCGUACCUGAACGAGCGCUCGCAGCGCGCCGGCGCCUCCCAGGGCACCAUCAUGGACCAGAUCAGCUGCGUGGUCAACCGCUUCACCGCCAACAUCAGCGAGCUCAACAGCAUGAUGCUGUCGGGGCCGCCGUCCUGCGGGGCCACGCCCACGCCCACCACGCCCUGCUCCCCCACCUUCCUCAUCCCGCGCGAGAUGCAGCUGCCCGCCUCCGUCACCACCUACGCCGAGGUGCAGGCCGCGGGCGCCAACGGGCGCGUGCGCGCCCCGCCCAAGGCCCCGCCCCCGCCGGUCACGGACUCCCUGCCGGACCCCGUCGCCGCGCUGCGGCCCGGCGACCUGGAGGAGGCGCUGGCCACCCUGACGCCGCCCUCGCCCUUCAGGGACUCGGUGGGCUCCGGGAGCGGCUCGCCCACGUCGCCCGUCUCCGAGUCGGCGCUCUGCGGCCCGUCCUCGCCCCGGUACGACAGGCUGGUGCUGAGGGACUACAGCCAGAGCUCCUCGUCACUGUGAGGUCCCGGGCCCAGAGCAGCAGCGCGGGGCCCCCACCGCGGCACCUCCUCAAACACACAGCGCAAUGACACAAACGUUAGUCGACACACCCCCCCCCCACACCCCCCCUGUGUUUACAGCAGCACGGAUUCAGAGAAGUGGCCGGAACGGACCUGACCCGAGGUCCUCGCCAAGCAGAGCUUCGUGUGACGACGUUUACGGAAGGGGUCCGGAGAACAGGCUUCAUACAACUUCAAGUGGCCUUACUGUGAACAGAAGUGGCUUCUGGCCGGUCGAGAAUCUCUUUUGGAAUAGGACUGAGGUAUUGCUGAGGAAUGUUAACAGCACACGCCCUGGAGGGCCCAGCCUCGUUCUGACACAGUUAUAACGGAACAGACGCGAGACGCCGUCGAUUGGAUGCGUCGACCGGGGUGUCCGAAUCACGGUUGAUAAUGUAAAUAUAUAGUGUGAUUGACCACAUUUUCAGACACACUAUGAAAACAAAAUGCUCUGUUUUCAAUCAACGCAACAGAGAACCCGACACUACAGAGCCUGUUUGUUACUGGAAUCUUCUUAUUCUUCUUUUUUUUUCUGUCAAUUUCCUCUCUUUUGAUUUCGUACUUUAAACUUUCCAGAAAUGACACUUAAAUGUUCAUUUAAGAUAUGAAUGUAUAUUCGUCUUCGAGAUGAUAUGGGACCAAAACUAUCUUGUUCCUCCUUUAGUGUUUGGAUCAAGUCAAUUUAGUAAGUGCUCAGUCCUAUGCUGGAAUGUGUCACACGGUUGCUUAUUUAUGUGAUGAAAUGUAUUUGCUGUGCGAGGGAACAGUCGUGUUUGCUGUACUGGCUGUACUGUAAUGAAGGCGGCACUGGGAACGAAGCAGGCUGUCGUUGUUUAAGUGAAGUUAUUAAUUAAUCGUUUCGAAGGUGCAUUCGUUGACGCUUGACGAGAGAGCGCGCUGCCCCGGCUAGCACAGGGGUCU